AUGGCAGUGAGGCGAUUCCACGCCGCCUGCCUCUUCAUUGGCUUGCGCAAGCGGCAGCUAUGGGGGUCAGGCGAGGCGGCAGUGGUGUCGCACUGUGCAUCGCACCUCCCCCCCGGGCUGCACAUCAUGGUGCUACAGCAGGGCAGCAGGAAGAUGAAGCACCUCGUCGCCUCCUCCCACCGCACUCUCUCACUCUCCGACCCUCGCUCUGUGCCCCUCUCCCCCCACAAGCAAGCCCACGCAGCCGCAGCGUGCAGUGAUGAAUUUCGUCUGCACCCUGCUGCCUUCUCCCCACCGGCUGAGCCUGCUAGUUUCACUUCGCCCAAGCCUGCAGGUCUGACUGUACCCGAGCCUGCAGGCUCGGGUGAGUUAGUGGAAGGGGGAGAGGGCGGAGGGGGCACGGAUGGAAUGGGCCAUUUGACGGCCAGGAGUGAUCAUGCUGCUGCUCGUGGUUUCAGCAGUGGUGGCGGAACCAGUGUUGCUGCUGCUUCAGGUGUUUCAAGUGCUUCAGGUGUUUCAGCAAUCUCUGAGCAGGUGCACUCCCCAUCGGCAGCCGUGUCAGCAUCGGGCAAGCGUGCCUCACACUUCACAGCAUCCAGAAUGGCUGGCUUUGUGUUCCCCCACCGGAAAGCGACUGCUUCCUCCUCCGCACCUUCCACUGCAGCAGCAGCAUCAGCAACAACAGCUACUGCUACUGCCUCUUCAGCCGCAGCAGCAGCAGGGUCAAGAGCGGCAGCGGAACGAGGCGCUGCUGGUUCGGGCAUGGGCACUACCAGGUCUGCACCAUCCAGUGGAGUGCUCGCCUCGGUUGACUUGUUUGACUCUGACGUGGACCCCUCUGCUCGCCACACCAGGCUUGGAUCCGCAGUUGCUGCUUCUUUUGCUGCUCAUCCCACUGCUGCUGCUGCCACUGCUGCUUUCCCUGCUGGCAGCUGCGACCAUGACAGCACUAUGCAUGUAGCCACCAACAGUUGCCCCCUCUCCUCGUCCUCCCCUGGCCUGCCACACACCGCUGCUACUGCCGCGCCUCAUCCCAUGCACGCCCGUCUGAAUCUUACUCUCCCCUCCCCCACCGCAAGCCAUGCCACUGCCUCCUCCUCUCCUCCCUUCUCUCCUCCUGCCGGCACCACCCCUUCAGGGGCCUCAGGACGAAAGGUGAAUGCUUCUGCUGCUGCCUUUGCUGCCGCUGCCGCCACCGCUGCCGCCGAUGCUACUGCAGCAGGCAGCUCCAGCCUGCUCUCCUUUGCAGAUCUCCCUUCGGCACACCCCGUCUCUGGCUUCUCCCGUUCCCACAGCUCCACCAGCACUACUACCGGCAGCAACCAGCAGCUGCCCUCCCGCCCACCAACCGUCCCCACCUAUCCGCAUUUCUCUGUCUCCGUGCCAUCCGGGCCCCCACCCUCUCCCCCUCCUCUCUCCGCCACCACGCCCACCUCGCCUUAUGCCCUCUGGCCGUCCUCUCCCUGGAGCCCGUCUGUUCCCCCGUCCCCCUUCUCCUCCUCCUCACCGCUCUCCACUCCCGGCCAUGCUCGGGAGUUCAGCCGCGGGGGGUCCUUUGGUGGAUCUAGUGCGUCUACCUCGCCUGGUGGUGGUGGUGGUGCUGCUGCUGCUGUUGAUGAUGGUGGUAAUGCUGGUGGUGGUUCAGCAGCAGCAGCAGCAGGUAUACCGCAGUCGCGCAUGCUUGAGCGAUUCCAAUCCUGCCGCCUCUUCCCCUCCCUCGGUUCCUUUGAUGCCGCCUCUCUUCUCACUGCUGCUGGCCCUGGCCCUGUCGGUGCCACUGCUGCUGCUUCUUUUGCUGCUGCUGCUGCCGCUUCAGGUGGUGUUGCCGGCAGUAGUGGCGGCAGCAGCGUGGGUGUCCGUGGUGAUCGUGGGGAGGAUGCUGCUGGGAUGAACAACAGCAGAGGGCGAAGCCUGCGUAGCAGCAGUUUGAAAGCAGAUAUUCCAGAAUAUGCGGGUGGCACUGGCAGUCAGGAUGGCAGUGGGAAUGGCCGUGCCAUUGACAAUGGGACUGGCAGUGGCAAUGAUAGUGGCAGUGGCAGUGACGGGUGGGAUCCGCUAGCAGAAGCUGCUGCUGCCAUCUCUGGUACUGCCCAAAUCUUCGGCUCGCACAGUAAGGGACAGAUGGGUAGCGCAAUGGGGGGAUACGUGGAGAGAGGGCAGACACAAGACGUUGCUGCUGACUCUGAUGCAGCAGCAGGAGCAGGCGGAGCAGCAGGAGGAGCAGCAGCAGAAGCAGCAGCAGCAGAGGCAGGCACAGGGGUGGAAGGGUCACACAGGUGGGAGGAAGUUGGAGGCAGAAGAGGGAGGAGAGGCGAAGGGGGGAACGUGUGGGGAGAGCAAGAGGGUGAGGGAGGUGGGGAGGAGGCGUCACAGAAUUUCCCGACAGAGAUGGUUGUACAGAAGGCAAUGGCUGCUGCUGCUGCUUCUGGUGAUCUGCGCGCCCGCAACCUGAGACGGGUGGUGUCAGUGACAGAGCUGCAGCAGGGGCAGGCAGGUGGACGGGGGGAGCACUCGAGGGAAGCACAAAAGGGAGGGGAGGGAGGAGAGGGUAGUGGGGAGAGAGGAGGGGAGGACGGAGGGGAGGAAGGAGAGGAGGGAGCUGGGGAGAGGGAGUCGCAGGGCCGAGGUGAAGCGGGUGUGCUGAGUGUGUUGGCUGGUGUAGUGCUGAAGCAGAGGGGGCACAAGGAGCAGCAAGAGCAGCAGAAGCUGCAGUUUGUGCAUCAGGGUGUCAAUUCUGGUGGCAGUGACGGUGGAGGGGAGGAGACAGCAGCAGGAGGAGGAGGAGAAAAAGGGGCAGGGGGAGGAAGCGGAGGGGCAGGGGCAGGGGCAGCAGCAGCAGCAGUGGGCAAGCAGAAGUGGAACGUUGUGGGGAAAGGCGGGCUGUCCAGGCCCCGGUCCCCGUUGGAUCGCCGCGCAGUGUCUUUCAGAGAAAAAGGCGCCUUGGCUUCUCUUGCGCCUAUCCUUGGCCUCGUGCACAAGGGGGCGAGCGGGGGAGGCGGAGGGGGAGGUGGAGGAGGUGGAGGUGGAGGAGGUGGAACAGGUGGGGUUAAUCUUGUGGGAAGAGGUGGGAGCAGGCAGGGAGGGAGGGAAGGAGGGAGUGAGGUGCGGUUGGGUGAGUUGCAGAGGAUGCUGGAGGAGCGACGGGCGGAGGCUGCACGAGCAGAGGAGGCAGCGAGGGAGGCGAGAGAGAGGGUGCGAGAGAUGGUGGAGGAGGUAGAGCUGGAAAAGGCGCGCAUAGAAGCUGACAACAGGCAGCAGCAGCAGCACAAGGCAUUUGGAUCUGGGCCGCUCAAACCCGUCACGAGCAAUGCGUUUGACCGAUCACCUUCAGAGGCAUUUCCCCCUGCCACAUCUCCAUCGCCCCUCGCCCGCCGCCCCUUCUCUCCUUCACCUGCUACCGCUCUUGCUGCUCUUGCAGCCCCCGCUGCUCCUGCUGCUCCUGCUGCCAUGGCGGCCCCAGGGGGCGACGUGGGGGGCCGGUGGUUACGGUCGGAGCUGCUACAGGGCUCGGAUGAUGGUGAUGGGAAUGACUUCAGCUUCGGCAGGGUCGUCAGACCCACUGCUGCUGUUGCUUCGGGUGGAGAGGACGACUACUGUGAUGAUCCCGACCAGGAGCAUCACAGCAUGGCGAGUGAGAGCAGCACGUGCUCCUCCUUCAACUCAGCUGAGUUUCUCCGCAAGGUGGCCGACAGGGCAGCAGCAGCAACAGCAGCACCAGGAAAGGUCCCCAGCCGUCUCAACCCUGCAACUGCUGCUACUGCUGCUGCACCUGGGACAACAACUCCUCCUGACACCACAGCCAGCUCCCCUCGCAGCAACCCCUCCAGCUCUGCAGCCAACACGACAGCAGGGGGCGGAGGAGGGUCAGCAGCAGCACCCCCCGACGAGUCUUCCGACUGCCGCCGCUUCACGCUCGACCAGCUUCGGGAGGCCACUAACGGCUUCUCCGAAGCAAACAUGCUGGGUCGGGGCGCGUUCGGUCCGGUGUUCAGGGGCCAGCUGUACGGGUGCGAGGUGGCCAUAAAAAAGCUAGAGGCUGGGAGCGAGCAGGGGCCGGCGGAAUUCCGCACAGAGGUGGAGGUGCUGAGUCGCGUGCGGCACCCCAAUAUAGUGCUGCUCAUGGGGCAGUGCCCCGAGGAGGCUUGUAUCGUGUACGAGUUCAUGUCUGGUGGGGAUCUGCAGCAUAGGAUCGUGGCCGGAUCGUCACCAGCUGAAAUUGCUGCAGCAACAGCAGGAGCAGCAGCAGGAGCAGCAGCAGGAGCAGGAGCAGGAGCAGGGUCCGGUGGUGCUGCUGCUGCUGGUGCAGGAGGAGGAGGAGGCGCACCGGUGGUGGCCCUGGACAAGCCGCGAGUCAUCCCUCUCUCAUGGUCUGAUCGUCUGCGCAUCGCGGCGGAAAUCUCCGGAGCUCUCCUCUUCCUGCACCGGCACGACCCGCCCAUCCUGCACCGCGACUUAAAGCCGGACAACAUCCUGCUCGACGCCAAUGGUACCAGCAAGAUUGCCGAUGUGGGGCUUGCGAGACUCAUCCCUGGGGAUGAUGGGCUGGGGCAUGUGACGUGGAAGGUGCGGGGGACUGCAGGGUAUAUUGACCCUGAGGAGCUGAGCACGGGGCAGCUGUCAGUGAAAUCGGAUAUUUACGCGUUUGGGCUUAUUGUGCUGCAGCUUCUGACAGGUAAGCGGAACGUGAAGCACCUCCAUCGCAUGCUGGAGGAGUGUGCAGUUGGUAGCGGCACCACCCCUGGGCCUCCUGCCUCCUCCCCGCUCUCCCCUCUCUCCGGCCUCUCCUACAACUCCUCCAGCAGCGGCAGCAGCAGCGGCAGCGGCCUCGGUGAAGCCCGGGACAUGAACCGAGUCCUGGCUGUGGUAACCAGCAACCUGGACCCCAACGCGGGGCAUUGGCCGCUGGGGCUGGUGGAGCGAGUGGUGCGCGUGGCAGCGCGGUGUGUGGAGCGCAAGAGAGUGCACCGCCCGGACCUGCGCACAGUGGUGCACCCCGUGCUGGCAGAUGUGGCUCGGCUGGCUGCCGAGGAGAAGGCAAGGAGGGCUGCGGAGGUGGAGGGCCAGCUGCUGUGCCCGCUGUCACAUGAGCGCAUGACAGAUCCUGUGGUGGCAGCCGAUGGAUUCACUUAUGAGCGACGCAGAAUUGCUGAUUGGCUGUCUUCGCAAAGUACCUCUCCACUCACAGGAGAGCACAUGCCGCACUCUCUUCUCACUCCCAAUUACCUUCUUGCUCGCAUGCUCAACAACUUUUAG